AUGACAGACGGUGGCACGAAUCAAUGGGAGCGGAAGGAUCUCGUAAACAAUGCGGCCUGCGCUGAUUUUAUCGAGGCACUAAAGUCGAUAUCAGACACGUGCACAACGCUGUAUCUCGCAGAACUUCCAACUCCGUUGAUGAUUCUGUUUUCCAAGAUCGCUCCUACUAGAAUCCUUCUUCAUUUCAGAGGACCCAGCGAGUCUCUUUUCGCCGAUCUGGCACCGGAUGAGCUAUGGCGUUCACUUCCUCGUCUGAAGAGAACCGUGAUACUAAUAGUGUUGCUGGCACUGACAUGCGUCUUCACAUUCAUUAUUGCCUCGCCUUUCAUCAAGAUAGCCGACGACGCAUCGAUGGAUAUGCUGGACACAGUUCGUAAU